GAGUAUGCAAAGAAUAUUGCAGUUCCUUAUAUUUGUUUGAGGGAAUACACAAAGAAUAGCAGACUUCCUUGUAUUUGGGCUCCAGAUAUUUUAGAGCCCAAUAAUUCCUUGCAAGUGUUUCAUAAUCCUUGCAUUGAUCAAGGCGGGAGAGUCUGGCGCUAAAAUGAAAAAACUUAAUACAAGGAAUUGUACAAUUCCUUGUUUUGUGUGCAUUGAUACUGCAAGGAUUUGAGAUUAUUCCUUGUAUGUAAUAAAAAAACAAGGAACCCAGUCCUUACUUCCUUUGCCGAUAUAAAUAGAAAAAUAGACACAUAGAAGCUUCUCUCACGUAUCCCAAAGACCAAUUCUGAAAGAUCUGGAUAAUCUCUCAAAAUUUAUCGACGAACUCUUACGAAUACCGUCGGUGCUCCUUGUUUCUGUCAAUUUUCCUAUUCGUCUUUGGCUUUAGGAGAAGACCUUUCUUCAUCUCUCUCGUCCUUGAUGUCAUUCACAUGAUGAUAGUUGUAUUCAGGUUGACACUUGUGUUGCUGGUGGGGGAAAAGUGCUAAUUCCUUCAGAAAGAGCUCAGGUUCCUUUUGACUGCUUCUACUGCUUCUAAUUGGACGGCAAGUCUCCAGGCCUGCUAGAUUAUUUACGAGGGCUUGCUACACCUAAUUGAGUUAAAGAUCAUUCAACAACGUCAUUAUUGAUCCUGAUUGCUUUGCUAUAAAAGUACAAGGAAACCAUUAAGGUCAUUAGAAUCCUCCUGAAACCAUUUGCGUGAAGUCAUUGAGUUGAGCUUGUGUAGUCCUCAAAGAAGCUAAGGAAAAGAUUAUUGGGAACAUACAAGAAGUAUGUGCGUAAUAAAGCUCAUCCAGAGGGUUCCAUUGCGGAGGCAUACAUUUCGUAUGAGGCAUUAACCUUUUGUUCAAUGUACUUGCGUGAUGUUGAGUCAUCUCAUAAUCGUCCAGAACGGAAUGAUGAUGGGGUUGAAUCCAAAGCAAAGAUUUCUGUAUUUGCUCAGAAAGUACGUCUCACUGGUGGUAGUAAACUGGUAGAAUAUUCAAAGGAGCAAAUGGAAGUACUUUAUUGGUAUAUCUUGGACAAUUGCAUUGAGAUUGAAUCAUUUAGAGAUGAGCAUAAAUUGCUGUUGGAAAGGGAGAGUCUCAACCAAUUGGAAGAAAGGCAUAGGAAAAGUUUUCCAAGUUGGUUUAAGGGUCGUGUCAAAGUAUUGUAUGAUCAGAAAUCUGCAUUGGUGAAUGAAGAGUUGUAUGUAUUAGCACAGGGUCCAACUCGCCGAUGUGUCCAACAUACUGGAUGUAUUGUGAAUGGUGUUCGAUGGCGAAUCAAACAGAUUGAUCAGACUAAGACAACCCAAAAUAGUGGAGUAAUGACCAUGGGGUCACAUGAAGGAGAAGCUUGUACUUACCAUGACAAGUUACUCAGUGUUGUUGAAGUCCAGUUUCAAUUAGGCUUUAAGGUUAUUCUUUUCAAUUGUGAGUGGUAUAAUACAGGGAACAAGAAUAAUAGAGUGAAGAAAGAUUAUCAUCUCUUGUCAGUUAAUAUAAAUAGUCGGUGGUACAAAGACAAUCCAUAUGUGCUAGCAAUUGAAGCAAAUCAAGUCUUUUAUCUAGAUGACCCAAAGUUGGGUCAUCCAUGGAAAGUUGUUCAAAGGAUUCAGCCUAGGCAUGUUUGGGAUGUGCCGGAGAAAGAAGAUAAUGAAGAUGACAAUAACACUGACAACAAUGGUGAUGAGAAUACAGAUGAUGACAGUGACACUAACAUGGAAUGGGAAGUCCAGAUGGAGGAUGAUGAAAUUGAAACAUCGUUAGUUAGAGAUGAUGGCGAGCCUGAAACUAUAAUCUUAGACGAUUCCAAUAGGUCAUUGCUAAUUGACACAGAGAAUGACAAUGAUUUCAUAAAUGAUGAUGCUGACGUUAUGGAGGAUGAUGAACUAUCAUCAAAUGAAAAUGAAGAUAUAGUUGGCAGUGAGGCAGAUAGUGAUUUAGAAUAAUGGUAGUGGUCAAUUAGUCUAGAUGGCUCAAGGGAGAGGGAAGCGGAUACGGAAGGUUCAAAAAGUGCCUCCACCUCAACAGCCAGCUACAACAACUAUGGCAGAUAAUGUGUCAGCUAGACCUACUGUGCGUGAGACUGUGCCAGCAAUGCCACUGACAGAUAAUGCAUUUGCUACCCCUACUGUGCGUGAAAAUGUGCUAGCAACAACUACUGUUCAUGCUCAUGUCAGUCAUGUACGAGCAAGAGCUAACACGCCACCAAGAGCUAAUUUGCCACCACAAACUAAUGUGCCACUACCAGCUAACGUGGAUCCAUCAAUUCAUCAGCUGCCUACCCAACAAGAAAUCCCUUUUGUGGGCAUUGGCAUGAAAAGGAAGCGUGGUAAAUCAUGUGGUAAGGCUCUUCAGGAGCUUAUAAAGGCUAAUGGUGGACCUCUGCGUGUUGACUUUCAUCGGACCAUCCAUGUCCUUUCUGAUGACACAAUUUCUAAAAUGUUUACUUCUGAGAUAGGAAUUACUGUUCGAGGUGGGGCACCAGUAUGUAAAUAUGGCUGGUCUGAUAUUGAUGAAGAAGAUGAUAAGAGGUUGCUAAGAGAGGAAUUGCGGGUGUUCUUUAUGGUGGACUUAACUGAUCCAGCUGUUGUUGCGUAUGUGGAUUCCAAAAUGUCUACUGCCUACUCCCAAUUCAAGACUCGACUAAAGAAGGAAUGGAAAGCAUUUGGCUCACCUGAGCUAGGAAGAGCAAACCUGCCUAGUGCAGAUUUAUGGAAUGAGAGACCUGUCUCACAUUGGCACUGGCUUUGUGACAACAUAUACACCAACCAGUCUUGCAUUGAGAUUGCGGAAAAGAAUUCUGCUAACAGGUAUAUGCAACAACAUACUCACAGAGCUGGUGCACGGCCAUACGUGCAACAUGCUUUGGUGGCCUCUAAGGGUGGGAAGGAGUUGUCACUCAUACAGAAUUGGGGAGAGAAACACAAGGAUAAUAAUCAUGAAUGGAUCAAUGAGGCUGCCAAGAACAAAUAUGAGAAGAUGGAGGCUGAGAGGAAUGCCCUUUUAGAGAAGAUGUACCAAGAGGCACCUGAGGGUACUGCACAUGAUUCUAUCAAACUGACUUUGGAAGUUGAGUACCCAAUAAUGGCCAAGAAGCUUGGGAGGAAGGGUAGGAUGAUCCAUGGCAUUGGUAACGUCCCUCACAUACGUUCUAACAUACGUAGAGUAUCUGCAUGGGGUGGCAACAAUUCUGAGGUAGCUGAAUUGCGUGAUCUUAUCGACCAACUUACCUUUAACAUGCUCAAUAUGAAGGAACAAAAUGGACUAUUGAAGGCUCAAAUGGAAUAUUUAUUGAGGCAAUCUCCUGGGCAGAUGAGUGAGGAUGACUUCCCCCAUCCUAGCACCAACUGCUAAGUCUUUGCUUGAGUAGUUUGGGUGAGCAUUUGCUAGACUUUUGGUCUGAUGUCCCUUUUUGUGCAGUUAUAGCUUUUUACCAUGAUUAUGGUACUGUCUAGCAAUACUCAAGCAAAUCCAAUGUGUCCCUUUUGAGUAAUGCAAGCUGACACAUAACUAGUAUAUUAGAACUUUGGUGGAUUUACUUGAGUUUUGAUCUUGUGCCUCACUCAGCUCAAAGUCUCAACGCAUAUAGGACAUCUAAUUAGAUUAGUGCAGUGCUUCUAACUUUUGAUGUACAAAUGAACAAGUUGAUUAUAUAUGAAG